CAGUGCAGGGAAGGCGGGCCCGGCACGAGCUGCUCCAGCUGUUACUGACUGAUCACUGACAAGUCCCUGAGCCAGGGAAACCACAGCAGUCCUGAUCCCGGGAGCGCCGGGCACACGUGUUCUAUCCGCGGAAGGGCUGCAGGUGCUUUGCUGCGUGUAGUGCGCUCCGGUCACAGCCAUGGGUAAUGGAAUGAACAAGAUUCUCCCUGGGUUAUUCAUUGGUAAUUUUAAAGGAAUGCCAUUCACAAACUUCUCAAUUUCCUGUAUAAUAAAUCUAGAUGCUCGAGAUAUUGAACAGCUACAGAAGAAUAACAUUACUCACAUUCUGUCUAUACAUGACAGUGCCAGACCAAUGUUAGAGGGCAUGAAAUAUCUUUGCAUUCCAGCAUCUGAUUCACCAAAUCAAAAUUUAAUACAACAUUUUAAAGAAAGCACAGCAUUUAUCCAUGAGUGUCGGCUGAAAGGUGAAGGAUGCCUUGUCCACUGUUUGGCAGGUGUGUCCAGAAGUGUUACUUUGGUAGUAGCCUAUGUUAUGACAAUCACAGAUUUGGGUUGGGAAGAUGCGUUGGCUGCUGUUAGGGGAGCAAGAACGUGUGCCAACCCCAACAUGGGUUUUCAGAAGCAACUUGAAGACUUUGGAAAACAUGAUGUCCAUCACCUAAAAACUUGGUUGAAGGAGACGUAUGGUGAAAGCCCUUUUCUUGAUGCAGAAGAAGCCAAACAACUUGUUGCCAAACAUAAGCAACAAGAAGAAGAAUCGAGUGCUGGAAGUUCAGGAAGACAAUGGAGCAGUCACUUGACCUCUCUCUCAUCAAUGGCAUACAGCAAUUACACUACAGAGACAUAACUUUCUAUCACAACACUUAUAUCUACUUUCUAAUGUACUUCAACAGUCACUACAAAUAUAAAAGCAAGCACCACAUAGGUGCUUGCCAUCCAAGCAAGAGCUUAGAGUUAAGAGGUCUUAAGAUGUAUGUUUCUGUCUGCAGUCUUGCAGAGAUGAGCGGUGCAUUACAAAUUAAAGUGCAGACCUUGAAUGAAGUUCUAGUUUGACACAGGAAAAGGUCUAAUUCCACUAUUGUGUUUUAUUGACAUCUUGCCACUUUAUUAUAUGUACAGUAAAUCUUAAACUCAAGUCUCCUUAAAGCUUUGUUAUAGGUACCAACUGUGUCAUCACUUUUACUGUGCUUCUGGUUUAAAUGUAUAUUUUAACAUUUUCUACCUCAAGAUAACAAUUAUUUCAAAGAAAACAAACACCCCGACUAUCCCUCACCAACAAAAGAAGUAACAGACUGUAUUUCUCAGGUAGGGAAUAACAUAAGAAAGGGUUGAACCAUUCAGUUCCAACACAAAUAUGUUGUGAAUUCUAUGCCGAAAGAGACGCAGGUAAUGAAAAAAAAAACCAUUGCCUGCAUAAAAUAUAAAAUUAUUUUUUAGCUUAAAGCUAAGUAUUUUCUCAGAAUAAAUGUGAAUACAAUCCUGGUAUUUUGCUGGAUGCAAAAAGGCUUGUUUCAUACUGUAAUAUGCAAAGUCAAUUUAUUCCCACUUUUAUAUAUACAGUGGUCCAUUUGGUACACGGUUGCAAUAUGGCAAAAGGAUGAUGCAGAUAUAAUGGUUGAAAACAUUGAUAUAUUGUGUCGCUCAAAUUGAUGAAGUAUUCAGUUAUACCUAAAAUGAGUGAUUAAAAAGACAGGAAGACUUUGCACUAUGAAUUAGGAAGACAAAGACACAUUUGUAGACUUUACUAUAGAACUCAAUGUAUUGAGAUUGAAAGUGGCAAGUAUCUGUACAUCAGCACUCUUCUCCUGGAAGUGGACAUCAAACAAUGUCUUCUUGUAUGCGGUUAAAAAAAAAAUAUAUAGAAAAAUAAAUAUAUAUAUCGACAUUUAUCACGUCAAUAUAGUUUUAGUUUGGAUGUGAGUCACUCCCACGGUUAUGCAUUUAAAGAACUCCAUGUGGGCCAUGGUCAGUAUGGGACUUGCUUAAGCAAUGUAUUUUGUAUACUGUGGUGCCAUUAAAAUGGACCAACAUAUUAAUAUUAACGUGUUCUGUUCCAUACACUAUUGUAAUGUGGGCAAGACUUCCUUUCAUGCAAAGUCAUAUAAUCAAACUUGAUGUCAUUAAAAACUGCUUUUUAAAUAUCAGAUUAUUCAUGAAAGGCCAUCUAGAAUGCAUUUUUAAAGCUAAACAUGGCAGAAGACUAUUAUACCUCUGCUGGGUUACUAACCUUAGAUUGCCCAAUUCUACACUGGUUUGCCUAUAUCUUACUCCCUGAUGCAUUGUAGUGUCAAGUGGUAACCUCACGGACCUCUUUUUUGGUGGGACUAGCGCUCUAGGAUUCUUAAGGAACUGUCUCUUCUAAUCUAAGUAUAAUGUUGAAGAACAAAUGUUUGGAAAUUAAAGCAAAAGGAACAACCUACAGAGAUGCAACAUGUAGGGGAGCAUAGUGGAUUAUGAGGGUUACAAACUAUGAUUGAGAAGGUAAAUCCUUGACUAUUGUGGACAUUUUGAUAAUUCCUGUUGGGUUACUGGACAAAACCACUGUAUUUACUGUAUGAUUAUAUAUAAAUUUUCCAAUCCCUGUGUGUAAAUAUAAACUGAAAUUUUGUUGUACUGUU